AUGACACUAAGCCCCCUUAACAACGAAGACCUGUGUGACUCGGAAAUCGUCCAACACUGCGCAGACCCGCAUCGUCAACUCGUCGGCGCAUCAAAAAAUGUAGUUAGAUUGUCGGAUGACACGGUCGUGAAGUUCGGCUGGGACGUGACAGCCGAAGAAGCCAGCAACAAAAGACGAGCUUUCGAGCUCCUCGAUCGAAAAAUCGUUCGCGUCCCGCAGGUGUACCGCUAUUUCAGCCAAAGCAAUGGGCAGGGUUGGCCUAAAUCGGGGUAUAUCGUCAUGGAAUACAUCCGUGGGAAGGUCCUGGGGGAAGACGAAACCUCGAGUAACGAGCAAGUUAAGCGGAUUGCUCAAAUACUGCACUAUUUCUCGACUCUACAGGGCGACCACCCUGGCCCUCUGGAAGGGGGCAUAUCACUUGGGCUUCUCUGGGAGGAAAACGGAAAGCCGGUGUUUAAGAAUAUGCAGCAGAUGGAGAAAUGGUUGAAUUUCAGACUACCGGACGUCGAGUCUAAGUUAGGUAUUAUGAGCUAUCCAUUGGUACUAUGUCAUUUGGACCUUGCGCCUCGGAAUUUCGUCUGGUUGGCCGAUGGAUCGGCCUCUUUGCUCGACUGGUCUUCAGCUGGCUUCUACCCACGCUUCUUCGAAGUCUGCAUGCUGAAAAUUAUGGAGUGUGCUCAUGGCAAUUACGAGCUUGACUUAAUAGAAAGAAUAGAGAAGCUCACGGAAGAUGAAGAGAACCAAAUGCAGCUUUUACAGCGGUCGUUCUACAAUGGCAUCAAGUAUUCAUUUGUAAGUCUCUCUGUAACAGCUACAGAUCUGCUGGGGCUAACAUUCGUCAAGCCAAAGAUCCAUGAGACUUUGGAAUGA